AAUAAUUUUUUACCGGCUUAUAUUCAACCAUUUCCCUCCGAUUGGCCACCUUAUGAUGUUGAAUUCUUGAAGCGGAAAGGAGCCUUCACAUUACCUAGUGAUGAGCUCCGCAACGCUCUCAUUGAUAGCUAUAUAUCCUGGGUGCACAGUUCUUGCCCAGUCAUUGAAUUGCAUGAGCUCUUAUCCCAGGUGCUACAUUGCGAUGGCUCCAAGGGAAGAGUAAGCUUGAUGGUGUUAUAUGCUGUUAUGUUUUCGGCAGUCGCCUUUGUGCCGUUUAAGUUUCUUCGCCGUGCAGGUUAUGCCGUACGACAAUCUGCUCGGGAGCUCUUUUAUUUUCGCGUCAAGUUAUUAUACGAUUUUCGGUACGAAGAGGACCGCAUCCGUACAAUACAAGCUUUGUUAUUAGUGUCUUACUGGCAAGACAAACAUGAUGCCCUACAGAAUCAUUGGUAUUGGGUUGCUCUGGCGAAUGCCAUUGGCCGCACCAUUUCUCUGCAUCGCGACCCCGGUGAGCAGUUGUCCCCGCAGGCGGCGGGCUUGCGAAGGAGAUUAGGCUGGACAUGUUUCGCACGAGACCGGGUUCUUUCGAUUGGUCUGAGACAAACGCCUUCCAUACUACUGAAACAAUUCACUCUGCGGCCGCUGGAAGUAUCGGAUUUCAAUAUUCAACCCUUCUCAUCGGAAAUACUAGAGACGUUCGGACAGUCGAAACUACUCAUAGAUCAAUCUAGCCAAAUUGCUCUAGCCGAGAUGUAUAUUGCCCAAAUACAGUUGGCUGUCAUUUUAGACCAAGUGUUUGAUGAGCAAUACACAACUCAGAUACUUCGACCUUGUGCGACGAACGAGCUGACUACGGCGCUCAUUGAGCGGGACUACGACAAUGCUAUCGAGAAACAUGUAUCCACACUCCAAAAUUGGCUUUCACAGCUGCCAGAGUCUUGCCAGUAUCGUCCCACACCAACGCCCUUUUUGAAAACAGUCGACAAGAUUGUAUUACUCCACCGAGCUUUUCUUAAUAUGUUCUACCAUACCGUUCAUUUGGCUCUUUUUCAACCACAGCUCCACAAGAAAGAAGUUUCUGAAGCUGCCUUACACCAAGUGCGUUUGUCAUCGGUUAUGAUUACUCGUGUAGUAGAGGAAUUGCAAAACCACGGUGCAUUGCGCUUUCUACAAUCAGCAGCCGUCUCGAUGCUUGUACGUGCGGCUGUCAGUCAUUUGUAUGAGUAUUCAAUGAUGAGCGAGGCGCAACGGGAUCACAGUCUCCGCCGGUUUCUGGACUGUGUCAGCUAUGUGACACAGCUGAAAGACAUUCACAUGUAUGCGGGUUUCUCUUCGUCAUUUCUCUGUUACUCAGCUGGCAAACUCGGUAUUUCGAGCCAGUUGUUGGCUGACUCUCUGUCAUUUGACUACGGGAUAUGGGAGGACGUGCAUACUCCUGAACGGUUCUUUAAGAGGCCAACAACAGAACGUAGUGCCACCAGUAGCCAUAAAGUGGACCCCCAAGCUCAGCAAUCGUCAGAAAACGGCCAGAAUACGUCACUAGCAACUGCAAGUCCAAUCAAUAUGUUCGAUGGAUCUUCCGGAGCUCAUCCGAUAGACGAAGAAACUAUAAUGGAAAAUUUCGACAGGAAUACAAAUACCAUCUACAGUCAAGUCUUACCAUCUCAGUCUGGGAGAUGGUUCAAUGACAUCGAAACAUGCUCAGAUCCGACAUAUUUGGCAUCUUUGGAUGCCUGGUUUAGGGAUUGUUUCGAAUCGCUAAUUCAGGAGGAUUGA